AAUUAAAGCCAGCCACAUAAAAAGAAACAGAGAAGAGAGAGAGAGAGAGAGAGAGGUGUUCUGGUUCGGGUUCUGGUGCUUGUGCACUGUUCCUCAACUUUCUUGUGAAGAAUCUGCUGUCUCUCUCUCUCUCUCUCUGUGGAACUAGCUCUAAAAAGCUUCAACAAUGGCGAAAGAGAAAGAGAAGAAGAUGUUUGUUGGGUUAGCUUGGAACUGUGUUGCAGAGCUCAAAUUCCUAAUCUCAGCUCUCCUCUUCGUCUGUUCAUUAGCCACUGUUCUUCAAUUCCUCCCUUCUCGCUUCUCUUUCUCACCCUCCGAUCUCCGCAACUGCGUCUCCAAUGUCUCCACCACCACCUCCAUCUCCAACUCCACCCAACCACUCCCCGUCCUCCCAUCUCCGCCGUCUUUCCACCAGGAUGAGGUGGUCGAGAACGGAAUCAUCAAGCGCAACUUCAACCCCUACGGCGCCGCCGCCUACAACUUCGUCCUGAUGAGCGCUUACAGAGGCGGACUCAACACCUUUGCCGUCAUGGGUUUAUCUUCCAAGCCCCUCCAUGUCUUCGGCAAACCUUCCUACCAAUGCGAAUGGGUCCCCCACAACACCACUACCUCCACCACCACCACCACCGUCGGCCACAAAAUCCUCACUGAUUGGGGCUACGGCCGCGUCUACACAGUCGUCGUAGUCAACUGCACCUUCCCUUCCUCCGUCGGCCACGGCGGCUCCGGCGGAAAAUUACUCCUCCACGCCUCCACCAACGGCGGCGGAGAUCGAAACUCCAACGUCACCGACACCAUUGAAGCAUUAUCCGAAUCACCCGGAAGCUUAAACCCAUCUAUCUUCACAUCACGGCCUAAGUACGAUUACCUGUAUUGUGGGUCGUCCUUGUAUGGAAACUUGAGUCCACAGAGAAUUCGAGAAUGGCUGGCCUACCAUGUGAGGCUGUUCGGUGAGAGGUCUCAUUUCGUGAUUCACGACGCUGGUGGGGCUCACCCGGAGGUUAUGGAGGUUUUGAAGCCAUGGAUGGAGAAGGGUUAUGUGACCUUGCACGAUAUCAGAGAGCAAGAGAGGUUUGAUGGGUACUACCAUAACCAGUUUCUCGUAGUCAAUGAUUGUUUGCAUAGAUAUCGAUUUGAUGCGAAAUGGAUGUUCUUUUUUGAUGUUGAUGAGUACAUUUUUGUUCCUCCCAAGAGUACUAUCAAAUCUGUUACAGAUUCGCUCUUGGAUUUUACCCAAUUCACCAUUGAACAGAUGACUAUGUCCAGCAAGCUCUGCUACUCUGACGAUGCCCGGAAAACUUACCGGAAGUGGGGAUUUGAGAAGCUAUUAUACAGGGACGGGAAGAAAGGGAUAAGGAGGGAUCGCAAGUAUGCAGUGCAGCCGCGGAAUGUGUAUGCCACAGGGGUCCACAUGUCACAGAAUGUGGCAGGGAACACAACACACAAGACGGAGGGUCGGAUUAAGUACUUCCAUUAUCAUGGCACCAUAGCCCAGAGGAAGGAGCCUUGCAGGCAGUUGAUCAAUGACAUAAAUAUCACAAUUGAUGAAACUCCUUAUGUUUUGGACACCACAAUGAGUGGUGUUGCCGGAACCGUGAAGAGGUUUGAGCUCAAAAUGAUUGGACCUAGGUUACAAAGAACCCGGCAAUGACAGCUUCUUCCAAGUUUCAAUUCAUUUCUUUCUCUUCUGUUUCCAAAUUUGUGGUUCCUUUUUUUUGUUUAUUUUUUUUUCUUUUUCUCCUUUUUUAUUUCCAUUGGUGUUCGUUCUUUGUAUGAUAGUUUUUAUUUGUCUCCUCCUCUUAUUAAUAGACAUAGAGAUAUAGAUAUGGUUGGUGGUCGAAUGUAUAAUCUUUGGUACAUGGAAAUUUACAAGGGUUGUAUUCUUUUUA